UAACUACCAUCACGCGAUGGCGAGGGACCUUCAAUCAAAAGAUCCUCAGCUACAAGAAUGCAUUAAAUUAAUUCGGGAGAUGACAAGCAUCAUUGAUCCCGCGGAUGACUACCUCACAAUAACCGCAGCUGAAGAGCAAAUGAAGAUCAAUUAUGCCAGAGGAAAGAAAGAGAACGAAGAGGCGUAUGUGGAUUUGAAAGCCUUGUCUCGCGUCUUAGAGGCUGCCAAGAAAUCUUCGAUGCGACCGCCAAACGUGCCCUCUUUAGAAAAGCACGCGUCCCAUCUCAAUGAACUUGACGGAUCUAGGCUGUCCCUAGCCAAGGCUAUCCGCGACGCGGAGGGCUCUCUAGCCAGUAAAGAAGCUGAACUGGCAGCCCUGAAAGAGCAAGCGCGUUCAUUAGAGGAAUCAGAUCCUGCCAAGGAUCACCAGGCUCAGCUAGAUGGUUCUGCAUUGCGCUUGAAGAUCUACAGAGGGUUAGGGUUCGAACCCGUUCUCGACAAGGACGGGCGAGUGACCAAGAUGCUUGUGCGCAGCGAAUCUAGUGACAUCCACUCCUUCCCGUCCGAUGGAAGUAAAUCAGAUUUUGAUGAUGCCGCUCAGCUUUGGAGGCUGGCAAGCUCAUGA